AGGUUGGAAUUUCUCGCGACAGGAUACGCUCGAGGGAUCGAGGCGAGAUUUUAAGGGAGGAUCGAUCGACGCAGAGAGGGCCAAGAUGGAGCUGGCAGGUUCAGCGGCCCGGAGUCGGAGGGAAGGCCAAAGCUGGAACAACACAGGGGUAGUUUCAUCACCACAGAAUCAAGAGGGGCGGAAGAGCUGAGGCAGACAAGGACUUGCUAAUCCGAGCUCAUCGUUCGCUUUUGCUCCAUAUCUCACCCGCAUGUGCACACCUGGGACCCACAGUGAGGUGGACACCAUUCCAGACCAGACCAAAGCGCAACGAAGGGAAGCGACGCUACAAUAUCAGCUGUCUGUCACAUUUGGUGCAUAUAUUCCACACCUUGGAGAUCCCCCACUCCGUUCGGUGGGAUUGCACUCGGUGGGGAAAUCACACAGGUGUUGAGGCAGGGAGGGAGGAACGAAAAAAAGAAAUGGGCGGAGUCAUUUUUCCUGGAAAGCCUAAGAAGAGACGCGGGCUGCUCGUUUCGCAUCCGAAUCCGUUGAGUGCCACUGCCACUGCUGGGCCUGAAGCCUGGCCGGAAUUACGUAAUUUGUCUAAGUCGCUCGCGGUUUUGUCGACUUCGCGUGAUCCUUCACCGGCUUCUUCUUCUUCUUCCUCCUCUUCUUCAACUUCCAGGCCACUUCCUGUGGACUCGAGCUUCGUAUGCAGAGAGUCGUUGCGCGGAGUUCAAUGGCAGUAUAGCUCCUCUGACAAAGGCUCUUUGCAGCCACAAUGGAAUCGUGUGGGCAGGGCAGAAGCCAAGCGCGAUCACUUGAAAGAAGCCAUUGCUUUUCUCCGCUCACAUGUUGUACCAGAGGGUUAUCCUGCAAGUGUGUCACCUGCAUAUACGCCUUACAUGCAAUGGCGCGCAGUACAGUACUUUUUUGGUGGUGCCAUGAGUGUUUUCACUACAAGAUCUUUGUUACAUGCCUUGGGCAUUUCUCGAAAGGGUUCGGCUUCGGGAGCCGUUGCUGUCAACUGGGUCAUCAAGGAUGGAGCAGGGAGAGUAGGGAGAAUGAUAUUUGCACGACAUGGCAAGAAAUUUGAUUGUCACUUAAAGCAGCUUCGGUUUGCAGGAGAUUUGUUAAUGGAGCUUGGUGCCGGAGUGGAGCUAGCGACUAUGGCAUUUCCCCAACUGUUUUUACCGCUUGCCUGUGCAGCCAGUGUGGCCAAGAAUGUGGCAGCAGUAACAUCAACAUCAACCCGUGCGCCCAUUUACAAGGCCUUUGCCAGGGCCGAAAAUAUUGGAGAUGUAACAGCCAAAGGCGAAUGCAUAAGCAACAUAGCUGAUUUGUUCGGAACUGGUCUUGGCAUCCUUCUUUCAAAAAAAAAUCCCUCGCUGUUUGUUACCUUUUUGGGGCUCUCUUGUGGCUACAUCAUAAGCUCCUUCCAAGAGGUGAAGGCUGUACGCUUGCCUACGUUGAACAGGGCAAGGUUCGCAGUGGCUGCACAGGUCUUUCUUGAUACAGGACAAGUUCCUUCAUUAGAGUAUGCCAACGCGAAGGAGAACAUUCUGUUUGCACCUUGGGCCGAAGAAAAGUCCGUGGCACUAGGUGCUCGGGUUAUGGAGGCCUUUUCCACUCCAGAAGAUUUCAAAGUAACGCGGGCGCUAUUUGAAAAAGAGAAUUAUUUGUUGACUUACCGACCAUCGAAGAGAAGGGCAUUUGUGGUGCUGAAAGAAACGGCGAGGUCAGAGGAUAUUUUGCGCGCUACUUUUCAUGCACAUGUUCUUAUGCAGAUUCUCCGACAAGUACGUUUUAAAGGCAGAGCUGAAGAAGGAGAUAAGAGGGAUAAGGAGUCUUUGGCUUUCAACCUGAAUUCACAAUGGCAGUCUGAAGAUGGUGUAAUUAAAGCAGUUGCUAAGAGCUACGAACACGUUGAUUCCCUGUUCGGCACAUUCAAGGAGAAGGCAUCUGCACAGGGUUGGAUAAUGGCAGAAAACCUUCUAAGUCCAGGUGAUGCGCGUGUGUCCAUAUGAGGAUGAACGAAAUGUAUCGACUAAGAGAAUAUCACAAACAAACAUCACGCGAAUAGAUUCGCCUGAAGAAGUAUCUCGACAACCACUUCUCAAAGGUGGCAGCACUCACAUCGUUGAUUGUCUCUUGGAACUUUUUUACCAUUUUUGUACCACUUCGGCUCAAUGAAUCAAGCGAAGGACAGCAUUUGACAUCAAAAGGGAGUGAUCAUCAGUGUCAUAGCAGGGAAGUGUCAGUGUCCUCAAUUGAUUAGAAAUUUGGAGAGGGCUGCACUUAGUUCACUGGGAAAUAGUUUCAUGGCGAAUUAGAGUGAGCAACUGCGAGGUAUUCCCAGCUCUUUCAAGUUUAUCAGAUGUAAAGUGGUAUGCACGUUAGGGACAUUUUCCAAAGCGGGUGCUCCAGAUAGGAAAGCGUGAGUUCGAGCAAAUCACCAGUUUUGUAGGUAGGAUGCUUCAAUGACAUUGUAGGUAGAUGCUCUUAACCAGUUAUUAGUCGAAAGCCGAGUUUUACACUGAAAUCGACCACUCGUUUCCACUCAAAGAGUGGAUUCAUUCGAACCCCCCUGGAAAUUUGAGAGCCUAAGUUCGCAUCAGUUAUUUUCCUUCCGUGUUGAUAUCAUCAAAAGAAAAUAAAAUCUACUCUCGUAUACUG